GGUGCAUGAUACUUCCUUGAAAAUCUAGAUGGCAUAUGCUCGUCGAACUGGCCGGAAUAUAAGGAUCUCACUGCGCGAUUCCAGUUUGCUUCACCGCUAGCAGCUGUGCUUUACACUACACUGCCUGUUGCAGGCGCACUAAGCCUGCCUACGUGAUUUUUCAUUCAUUCAGUCUCAUUUUUGUUUUCCUAACAUAUGCUUCUGAGUAGUGACUUUGCAGUGAUUUUUUUAUAACAAUUUAAGCAGAAUGGCCAGCUGGUGGGUUCUUUAUGGCUGCAUAAUAAUUGUUUGUGGUUGCAUUGAGGUUACUGUGCAAGAAAAAGACACCGACAUUCUUGUAUUCACAGUUGCAUCAAACCAAACCGACGGUUUCAAACGAUACCUUAGGUCAGCAAAAGUUCAAGGAUUUGAAGGAAAAAUUAGAGUAUUAGGAGUUGGCCAGCCCUGGAAAGGGGGUAAUAUGAAAUCCGUUGGUGGCGCAUACAAAAUUAAUCUCCUUAAAAGAGCCUUGAAAGAAUUUAAGGAUGAUACACAGAGAAUAAUUUUGAUGACUGAUGGUUAUGAUGUCAUCUUCUUGGCACCUUUGGAAGCCAUAAUCAGUCGAUUCAAGUUAUUCGGCGCUCGAAUACUAUUUUCUGCAGAAGGGUUUUGUUGGCCAAAUAAAUCAUUGGCAUCCCAAUAUCCUGCGAUUACUAGAGGUGAACCUUAUUUGAAUUCCGGCGGUUUCAUCGGUUAUGCUUCCAAUAUUUAUUCAGUGUUAAUGAGCUUCCCUGUCACCGACACUGAUGAUGACCAAUUGUUUUAUACAAAAAUUUACCUGAAUCCAGCAUUUAGAAAGAAACAUAAUAUGAAACUGGACCACGAAAGUGAAAUCUUUCAAAACCUUUAUGGCGCUGUUGAUAAGGUGGAAUUACGAUUCAAUGGAAAUGAAGCCUAUCUACAAAACACAGCCUAUGAUACCGUGCCUAUGAUAGUCCAUGGAAACGGACACAGUAAAGUGAUCUUAAACUCUUUGGGAAAUUAUCUUGCAAGUGCCUGGAGUGCAGAACAAGGGUGCCUAAACUGCUGGGACGGUACCGUAGAGCUCUUUAAUGAGCAACCAGAAACAUAUCCGCCUAUACUGAUCGCAAUUUUCGUCGACCGGCCAACACCGUUCCUCCAGGAAUUUUUCCACAAAAUUUACCAUCAAGCUUACCCGAAAUCGAAACUUCAUCUCUUUAUUUAUAAUAGUGAAACUCAUCACGACUAUGUGGUUGAGGAAUUCACUGAAAAUAGUGGAAAUGAAUACAAGAGUGUGAAGAUUGUCACUGCAAGUGAUAGGAUUGGUCUUCCUCAGGCUAAAAUGCUUGCUAU